AUUAAGUUUUUUGCAAACACCUACUAAGAGCAAAAAUGUUUCCCGCGCUUAAAACCUGAAGGUUUUACCUCCGGCAAGCGUCCACCCUAAUUCCUCAAAUUCAAGACCUAAUCAGAAACUUUUCAAUUAUACGUAGCAUCUACGCACAGGGAGAAAGUAUGCAGUAGUUCGAAGAUGGCGACGAAAGUGUUUAAAGGAGCAAAUGUGUUCAUGUCGCGGAAUCUGGUUCCGCCGGAGCUCUUCGACGCGCUUCACGACGCCUUGAAGCUAAACGGUGCGCAGGUUUUGCUCUGCUGCGAUCCCUCGCGCAAUGGGCCCAAUGAUUAUCACGUCAUCGCCUCCCAUGAUCACGAAAAGUUUGAGGAUCUACGAGCAAAGGGCUGUAAGUUAAUCGGUCCUCAGUGUGUUUUGUCCUGUGCAAAAGAACAUAGGGUGCUGCCGAAUCAGGGCUUCACCUGUUGCCUUGCAAUGGAUGGUGUCAACAUACUUGCAUCUGGUUUUGAGAAGGAUGAAAAGGCUGAGAUUGCAAAGAUGGUUACCGCAAUGGGAGGAGUAUUGGUUACAAAAGCAUCAUCAGAUGUCAGUUUUGUUAUUGUGAAGAAUGUUUUGGCUCAAAAAUACAAGUGGGCGCUGAACAAUCUGAAAAAGCCAAUUGUGACAACAAAUUGGCUUCUUCAGUGUUGGAAAGAGCACCGUGUUGUACCUCAAGAUUGCUACAGGGUUCUUCCUUUUUCUGGAUUGACGAUAUGUGUUAGUGGAAUUCCUGCAGAUGAACGUAAGGAGAUGGAGAAGCUCGUUAUGCAAAAUGGAGGCAAAUAUUCUGCUGAGCUGACCAAGAGAUGUACACAUUUAGUCUGUGAUGCUCCAGAAGGUGACAAAUAUAAGGUUGCAAAAAGAUGGGGACACAUAUACAUAGUUACCAGGAAGUGGUUUCACCAAUCUGUUGCCAGAAGAGCGUGCCUUAGUGAGGAGUCCUACCCUGUUCAAGGUAGUACAAUAUCUUCUUUGAGUACUUUGAAGACAGUGGAGCAACAUAGUCAAGGGAAAGUUAUCAGAAAUUCACAACAUACCUCAUCAUCUAUGGCCACCGCCUCAGAUUCAGAAACCAAUUUUUCUGCUCAGGAUAUGGGACCUGAUUUUGAAAAUCCCCUGCCAAAUAUAUAUCCUGCAUUUUUUGAGGCUCCUUCCUUACCUAAAGAGGACAAUGAUCCACCUGCUGAUAUGCAAAAAAAUGAUCCUAAUUUUGCUCGUUGCAUUGCUGAUGACUCUCAAAGUGAGGACGAUGAUCUAUACUUGUCCGAGUGCAGAAUUCUGCUUGUAGGCUUUGAGGCUUCUGAAUUACGCAAGCUAGUUGACAUGGUUCGCCGUGGAGGAGGUUCUCGUUAUAUGUCAUUCAGUGAGAAAUUGACGCAUGUUAUAGUUGGAAAACCAUCAGAGCUUGAGAUCAAGGAAGUAAGGAGCGUUGCAGCUUUUGGAGUCAUUUAUGUAGUUAAAACAGCAUGGCUUGAAGAGUGCACCUUCAAGAAGAAAGAAGUUCCUGUACUUAAGAGCCAUAUCGCUUAUGAUUUACUUCUUCCAAAAGAUCCUGUAAUCUUCAAUAAAGCAACUGCGACGAACAUGAAUAGUGCAAAACAGAUGAAGUCCUCUGCUUCUCAGCCCAUGGACGAUAACAUCUUGGAGAACAAGAGCUCUCAAUGUGAAGUGGUGAUAGGUUUAAAAGAAGAGGCUAAACCAAAGGUGCAAAGUGGUGUGAGCAAUGGAAAACACAUGAAGUCAUCAGCUGUAUUUAAAGGGAAGCUCUUCGGUUUCUCAAGCACUUUUCCUGAAGAGCAAAGACCGGAAAUUGUGCUGUGGGUACAUGAAGGUGGUGGAGAGGUCAUUGUAGAUCAACAAGUAAACAAUGUGCACUUCACAGUUGAGCGUCAUGGUGUGCCCCAUCUGACGCAUACUUUCAGGAGUACAUAUGUCACUACUCAUUGGAUUCAUUCUUGUCUACAGGAUGGUUGUUUGCUGGAUGUCAGCAGUCACAUUCUCUACUCUCCGCUUACAUGCCAAAUUCCUUUACCUGGAUUUGAAGGAUUUCGCCUCUGUGUUUCACGGUAUGAUAUGCGAGAAAGACAGCUGCUAAGAAAUUUGUGCUAUGUCCUUGGGGUGAAGUUCGUUGAAAAACUGACAAAGAAAGUCACUCAUCUAUUGUGUAAAUUUGCUGAUGGUGAUAAAUUUGAGGCUGCUUGUAGAUGGGGAAUACAUGUAGUUACAGCUGAGUGGAUAUACGAAUGUGCUAUGAAGAACAAAGUUGUUGAUUUGAAAGGUUUUUAUCCUAAAGAACUUACCUCUCAAGACCGCGAAGCAGGUUUAUAUUUUGUGAGCCAAUAUCCUACCCAAUCUGUUAGAAUGACAUCUGGAGAUGAUGCCUCCCAAUGUCUGAGUCAGUUACAGGAUCAAAGUAAUAUGCAGAGAGUUGCUUCGACGGGGUGUAUGGCGAGAUACAAAGACAAUGAUUCAAGUAAUGGUAGUAAGAGGGCAAGGCUUUUGGGAAAUGAUAGUAUAAAGCAUCCACUAUCCUUUGUAUCUGCUGCUGAUAAUUCUGUCAAUAGGAAGAAUCCUACUGAAAACAACGUAACUGAAUGUACUAGGGAACCUUCUGUAGUUCCUGAUGUGGCUGCAGCUAUAGAGGAUUUAUUGGAGCAAACAAGCAAGAUCCAAGAUCGGAAGUCACAGGAGACAAGUGGUUGCCAUGAAAACUUUCUAUCUUCUAAUUCUACAAUGCUUGGUCAAAGGCAUGCUGAUGGCCAGUCUGAUCCGGGGCCAUCUAAGCACUGGAUGAACAGGUUAGAGAAAAGGGAUGAUAAUCCCUCUGCUGAUGCUGCAGCUAGAGGAUUUUAUGAUGGAUUUAGUGAAACACAAACUGAUUCCCAGGUCGUUGGUUAUGAAGAAGAUUUAUCUGGUCGGCAAAUGAUCAUUGAUAGAGUGCGUACAAGGAGUAGCAUGGCUUGAAUGCCUGGUGUACAUAUCCACAGUUGAAGCUCUCUUUGCCGAGCAGCAAGUGACACAACCCACUAAAACAAGAGAGAAAGAGAGACGAGCAGCCUGAUACAGAAGCCUCGGGUCCAGUUACCACAAAUCAUAUCUGUGAGAAAAAGAAAACAUGAAAUCUUAAUGACAAAUCAGAGAAAGAAGUACAACAGGCUGAAAAAUUGCUACCGAACUGCUGAAGAUGGUUCUGAACCUUCAUCAAGGUAAUUCUCGGUUGUAUCUCUGUGUAGAUGAUGUGCUUGAACUUUACACCUAAGAGAUUUUGUGCGGGAUUAACUUUCUAAACAAUAUGUAUGUCCAGUAACAUGAUUUGUCUAUAAUUUUGGUUAGCACCUUAUGUGGUUGCUAUAUUUUGCAUCAAUAACAAUCACAGAGAACAGGUCAUAUGUAUCCUACCUUUCUGGGAUGCUUUCUUAUUGCUAUUGUUAUCAUAACAAUCUUGUACUCAUAUUUGUCAUUCCUUUCCCAGUGACAAAAUGAUGGAAGCUCAAUUAUUCAUCUGUGUAAGCCAUUAUUCUUCA